AUGUAUCGUCCGUGGAUUUUCCUCGUCAUUCUGGCAGUAAAGGUUAACAAUAGCCAUGCUGGAAACUUCCUGCUAUUACCAUUUCCUGUUACCAGUCACUGCUUAGAGAUGGCAGGUAUUGCCAAAGAACUACUACAGCGAAACCAUUCAGUUUUCGCUUAUCUACCUGAUACAUUUAAAACUUCCAAUUGUUUCGAUGGAUCCAAAGUUGAAAUAAUAACUUAUAAACCAAGUGAAGAGUUUGUUAAACAUAAACAUACAAUCGAAACACACAUUGUGGAAGCAACUUUUGCUGGGAAACAAUUUACUCACAACCUCACGUUUUUGUCGGCGUUUUUUCACAUUGGUGCUCCGAUGUGUGAAUCAGCAUUAAUUGCCACAGACAAAAUGAAAUUGUUGAAAUCCAAAAAUAUAGAUAUAGCUAUAAUAGACUCCAUGCCAACAAGCGAGUGUUACUUUUACGUGGCUAAAUAUUUAAAUGCUGAGGCGGUAAUAGAAGGGGCAGCUAUAUUUCCGGGAUUAGGUACUGCUGCUCAAACACAUGUCCAUCCAUUUGAAUUGUCUUCGUUUUCAUCCAGGAUGAGUUUACCAGAAAGAGUAAUGAAUACUCUAUUGACAUUGGGUGUUGCACUUGGAAUACGGAUUUCUCACAUUUUCAAGAAGUUGGACAAAGCAAAGUUAAAGGACUAUGUUCCUGACGAAGUCUUGGAUGCAGAUGUCAAUGAAAUGAUGAGAAAGUCUCUUCUGUUUAUAGAAAAUGCAAAUGAUAUAUUGGACUAUCCUAAAGCUCUGUAUCCAAACCAUAUCAGAGUCGGUGGAUUAACAACACUGACGUGUGUUGGAAUGGUUCGGACUAUACUUCAAGACUGA